AUUAUAAAUAUAUUGUUUUUUUGUGAAUUUUUAAAGGAAAACAUACAAACAAAAUGGGAAACGAAGCAUCGCUUCCGAUGGAGAUGUGCUCCAACUUCGAUGCCGACGAGAUAAAGAGGUUGGGAAAGAGAUUUCGCAAACUAGAUCUCGACAACAGUGGCUCACUAUCGGUGGAUGAGUUCAUGUCAUUACCAGAACUACAACAGAAUCCACUCGUGCAACGAGUCAUCGAUAUCUUCGACACCGAUCGUAACGGAGAAGUCGACUUCAAAGAGUUUAUACAAGGAGUCUCUCAAUUCAGUGUUAAAGGAGAUAAAGAAUCAAAACUUAGGUUUGCGUUCAGAAUCUAUGACAUGGAUAACGACGGCUUCAUAUCAAAUGGAGAACUAUUUCAAGUGCUGAAAAUGAUGGUCGGAAACAAUCUAAAGGAUACACAACUGCAACAAAUUGUCGACAAAACGAUUGUCUUUGCCGACAAAGACGAAGACGGAAAGAUCUCUUUUGAAGAGUUUUGUUCCGUUGUAGGGAAUACUGAUAUUCAUAAGAAAAUGGUAGUCGACGUCUAGGUCUGGCCAAAAGACUUGU